AUCAGGUCAACAAGUAUUGGCUAAGUGUUGAGCGCGGUUUCCUGUGGGAUUGUGUAAGACCUUGCAGGACAAUAAACGUUUGGGGGGCACUGAGUAAUGCAGCCAUUUCUGACCCAGCAGCCGGGAAAAUGUGAGGCAAUUUGCGGCUGCUGGAAGGAGGACAGCUGCAGCUGAGUCCCUACAAGAGCAGAGCGACCUCACCGCCGUGGACCCGGGCAACAGAGCCAGGCAAAAUGAGCUUGAGAGUGAAAGACCUACAAGCACACUUCUUCAGCUCUGUCGAAAUUAAGGACGACAAUAUGAACACAGAAUCCAUUCUAGAAGAACUCCUUCUCAAAAGGUCACAGCAAAAGAAGAAAAUGUCACCCAAUAAUUACAAAGAGCGGCUUUUUGUUUUGACCAAAACAAACCUCUCCUACUAUGAAUAUGACAAAAUGAAAAGAGGCAGCAGAAAAGGAUCAAUUGAGAUUAAGAAAAUCAGAUGUGUGGAGAAAGUAAAUCUUGAGGAGCAGACCCCCGUGGAGAGACAGUACCCAUUUCAGAUUGUCUAUAAAGAUGGGCUUCUCUAUGUGUAUGCAUCAAAUGAAGAGAGCCGAAGUCAGUGGUUGAAAGCAUUACAAAAAGAGAUAAGGGGCAACCCCCAUCUGCUGAUCAAGUACCACAGUGGGUUCUUCGUGUACGGGAAGUUCCUGUGCUGCCAGCAGAGCUGCAAAGCGGCCCCAGGAUGUACUCUCUGGGAAGCAUAUGCUGAUCUGCACAUUGAACCCAAAGAAGAAAAACACAGAGUUCCCAUCUUCCCAGACAGAGUGUUGAAGGUCCCUCGAGCAGUUCCUGUUCUCAAGAUGGAUGAACCAUCUUCAAGUACCGCUCUAGCUCAGUACGACAGCGACUCCAAGAAAAACUGUGGCUCCCAGUCAAACGUCAACACGUGGUUUAUGCCCAGAGAAGACUGCCCUGACUGGUGGCAAGUAAGAGGACUGAAAAGCAGUGAAGAGCUGGCAUGCAGUAACCAAAGGGAAAGAAAUGCUGUAGAUCACGGCACCCUAAAGAUGUCAUGGGGAUCCCCUGAGUCAAGUUCAUCUGAAGAAGAGGAAAACCUUGAUGACUAUGACUGGUUUGCAGGUAACAUCUCCAGGUCACAAUCUGAGCAGUUACUGAGACAAAAGGGAAAAGAAGGAGCAUUUAUGGUUAGAAAUUCCAGCCAGCCGGGAAUGUACACAGUGUCCUUGUUUAGUAAGGCUAUGAAUGAUAAAAAAGGAACCGUCAAACAUUACCAUGUGCAUACAAAUGCCGAGAACAAAUUGUACCUGGCAGAAAACUACUGUUUUGAUUCCAUUCCAAAGCUUAUUCACUAUCAUCAACACAAUUCAGCAGGCAUGAUCACACGACUCCGCCACCCUGUGUCAACGAAGGCCAACAAAGUUCCCAUCUCCGUGUCCUUGGGAAGUGGAAUCUGGGAACUGAAAAGAGAAGAGAUUAUGCUGUUGAAGGAGCUGGGAAGUGGCCAGUUUGGAGUGGUCCAUCUGGGCAAGUGGAAGGGGCAGUAUGAUGUUGCUGUUAAGAUGAUCAAGGAGGGCUCCAUGUCAGAAGAUGAAUUCUUCCAGGAGGCCCAGACCAUGAUGAAACUCAACCAUCCCAAGCUGGUGAAAUUCUAUGGAGUGUGUUCAAAGAGAUACCCUAUAUACAUAGUGACUGAAUAUAUAACCAAUGGCUGCUUGCUGAGUUACCUGAAGAGUCAUGGGAAAAGACUUGAGCCCUCCCAGCUCUUAGAAAUGUGCUAUGAUGUUUGUGAAGGCAUGGCCUUCUUGGAGAGCCACCAGUUCAUACACCGGGACUUGGCUGCUCGGAACUGCUUGGUGGACAGUGACCUCUCUGUGAAGGUUUCUGACUUUGGGAUGACGCGGUAUGUUCUUGAUGACCAGUAUGUCAGUUCGGUAGGAACAAAGUUUCCCGUCAAGUGGUCAGCCCCAGAGGUGUUUCACUACUUCAAAUACAGCAGCAAGUCAGACGUAUGGGCGUUCGGGAUCCUGAUGUGGGAAGUGUUCAGCCUGGGGAAGCAGCCUUAUGACUUGUACGACAACUCGCAGGUGGUCAUGAAGGUCUCCCAGGGCCACCGGCUCUACCGGCCCCAGCUGGCGUGGGACACAGUCUACCAGGUCAUGCACAGCUGCUGGCACGAGCUUCCAGAAAAGCGGCCCACAUUUCAGCAACUCCUAUCUUCCAUUGAACCGCUUCGGGAAAAAGACAAACCAUGAAGAAGAAAUGAGAAGUUCUGAUGAGAAUGAGUGUAAAUGUUGGCCAACAUUUUCAUUCUUUUUAAGGGAUGUAGCAAAGCACAGACAUUGUAAUUUAGCUAGUUCUUCUUAAUGGUAUUUUGUGUGCUGUUUGUUCUAUUAUCUAGAAAUGAACAAGGUAGGAAACAAAAGAUUUCCUUGAAAUUUAGGUCAAAUUAGUAAUUUUGUUUAUGCUGCUCUUAAUAUUAUACUUCCCAGCCUAUAGCAGAAGCACAUCUUCUGAUUGAUUGCAAAAUAGAGAGGGUGUGUACCAUAUGUAAAGAUUGAACAGAAUUGAAAAAUUGUUGGAUAUUUGUUCUUUUCGUAAUAUCACCACUAUCAUGAUAAUUAAAUAUGCUAUUAGCAAGUA